AUGGAAGAUGAUAUUGAUUUAGAUCUUUGGACUUUAUGUGCAAAAGCGGAAGCAUUUUUCAAGAUUCUAGAACUUCUGAACUCACAUGGAAGUAAAAUUGGUGCAGUGCCAGAGAAAAUUGACGAUAUGCAGAACACUGUCUCCUCUUCUGUUAGGAGGUUAAUGAGAUUGCGCUCAAUUCACUGCAAUGUAAAGAUUAUAAAGGCGGUAGGAUUCAUGUCUCAAUUGUUUGGCUACACAGGACCAAUUACAAUUUUAGGUUUUUCAGAAAAUCAACGAGCGAUCAUGGCCGAAGAAGCACGGCGGCUCAAUCUUAAAGAGCAAAUUGUUGAUGAAGUUUCUCCGGUUCAAUUUCUAGAUAGACUAGCCAUUCUGCAUCGAUCUCCGCCUAGACACACAUCCACCUCCUUCUGGACCGCUACUUACACCUACUAG